UGGGCCUUACUGAAUCUAUUCAUUUCUACAAUUUUUAUUAAGUUAUGUGAUACUUCUCGAACCAAUCGAACCCUAGAAUUUAAACGAACAUUCCCGCUCAUUUGAAAGAUCAAAAGGUAGGAAUCUGUAAAUAACGUUCCGAUGGUAAGAGCCCACUCUUGCCACUUUCCAAUUCUCCGCGAUCUCUUCUGAUCUCAAGCGAGUGGCGCCAACUGCGGAUAGCACGCGAGGCCGUAGAACAGGUUGCCGUCAAGCAGGCGCUUCGCUGGACCGUUCGCAGCAUCCGGGAGCUGCGCGCGAGUCUCGUAACGCGCGGGACCAAAUUGAAGGGAGCGAGAGAGAGAAAGAGAAAGAGAGAGGGAGGAGAGAGGAAGCGCGUUUCGAAACUCGAAAUCUAAAGAGAAGCACUCAGAGCCACGCGAGCGGCCGCGCGAUACGGUACAAGUAUUCGGAUGCCGGUGUGAACGACGUCACGUUAUGUGCAUUGAAAAACGUGCGAGCCACGCGAGGCUCGCUUGUGCCGUCUUGUUUCUCGUGGCGAUUACUCUACCGUUCGGACUCUGCCAAAAUGCACGUGGGACGUCCGGGGAUAGGAUGGCCUCGAAUCGUUCCGGUGACGGGUCGCACACUCUGGGAAUCCGUCGACAGUAUAGCGGGGACGCAUCUUUUGAGGGAAUGGAGACUCUCAAGGAAAACAGAAGGACGCUCUCGUCGCGAGGCGUUAUCAAGGAGCCAGAGAAGACGGAAGCGGAAGCGAAAGCAGAGGCCCGCGGCGAUGAACGUGGGGACAAACAUCUCCUUUUGUCAGAAAAUGGUGCGAAAAUUCUGCCUCGGCGAAACGUAAAUGUCACAACCUUGAGCAAGCAACAAGAGGGCAACUUCGGCAGUCGGACGCGCAAAAAGCGCCGUAGGGGCAAGGAGGAGUCGGGAGGUUCCGAUGUUAAGGACCGCCUGCACGAGAUCACCGAGGACAGUCGAGAGAACGAGAUAAUGGGCAAGCGGGAUCGAUCGCCGCGAAAAAGGAGCGAUCCUUUCUCAAAGUUGCGGCCGAAGAAUCGGGAGGCGCGAAAGUCUCGUGCGGAACGGCGAAGGCGGAAAAAGGACAGGAAGGAGCGAAAUAGAGGAAGCGGGAAGGAUACGCGGCGGAAUGACAGACGACAGGAUGUCGCGCGACGAAAGCGCAAGAGGAAGACGCACGAUGGCGGUCUAAGUGGACGUGUUCUCGAUAAACUCGACCUCGCCGGGACCAACACGUCCGAGACGACGAUAGAAAAUUCGUCCAGUUUCACCCCCGAUCGCGCCUCGUUGACAGAGGCCAUCGUCACGACGACGUCGUCGAGUCUUCAACGUCAUCCAACUCUCGAGACGACGAGAAGACUGACGAGAACGACGCCACGUCGUGGCGUUUACGCAGCCGACACGGUGGAGAGGGAAUUCUCCAAGCAGCUCGAGAUGGAGAUCUCCAAGUCUGCCUUGAAGGACUCCUCAAUUCUGGAUGAUGGUAUUUUCGAUACCCCUCCGAAGAAAUCGACUGUACGGAAUGCAGCAGCAAAGGAAGUCAACGGGAAAAGCGUGAAUCAGGAUGCUGUCGCUUCGUUGGAGGGCAAAAUUGAUUUCAAGAGCUCACAUUACGACGCCGAGAGGAUGCUGGGCUACUCGAGGACCGAGGAGGAUCUACCGAUUCUGGAUCUGGAGAACGAGGUACUGGAGAGGACCCUGAAGGACUACAACGCUUACAUGACGUCGCGGCUGAAGCCGUUGUCGUUGCCGCGUUACGACGAGCUGCCGAUCCGUCGCAAUUCCGGCACUCAUCCGCCGAGGAAGCCGAUAAUUAAUUCCGAGGAGAGCGUCGAGGAGAUCGGCGACGGAAACACGGAAGUCACAGACGUAACGGGAGCGAUGCAGGACGACAGCAGCAUGAAAGGGGACUUAACUUGCAUAAACGGGACGUUCCUACCGGCGCCUUUAUCUCGUCACGCGCUGAUCAAAUAUGUAAAGUCCUCGACCCCGGGCCACGAGUAUUUGGAAGCCGAUUACGAGUGUGUGCCAGGCUACGGUAUGGUAUCCUCGGCGAGCCGAUUAGUCUGCAGAAAUCGUCAGUGGGUCGGACAGGUGCCAAAGUGCGAGAUCAAGCAAAACCCGAAUAGGAUGUGCGCCGAGGUAUCCUGCGAGCACGUUUGCAACGAAAUUAACGGGCGUCCCGUCUGUUCCUGCUACGAGGGAUUCAGAUUGGACGGCCGCAAAUGCGUCGAUAUCAACGAGUGUUUACUGAACAACGGUCAUGGUCCCUGUCAGGACACCUGUCGAAAUCUCAUGGGAGGAUAUGAAUGCUCCUGCGAGAAUUUGCAAGACGCGUCGCUAACUGCCGACAAUCACACGUGCGAACAUAACAAGCACACUGGUCCAUGCAGUGUUAACAACGCUGGAUGCUCUCACACGUGUCUGUCCACGAUGGGUCGGGUGUUUUGCCUUUGCCCCGACGGCUUCAUGCUCGAGGACGACUGGAAGACUUGUCAAGACGUGGACGAAUGCUCGGUGCCGGAUCUUCAGACGGAGCUGUGUCGCUACGGGUGCAUUAACACUCCGGGCUCCUAUCGAUGCGCAGAACCUAUGGAGCUGAAGGAUCAACCGGUCCUGGACAGCCUGUCCAUCACUUGCCUGCCGGGUUACGAGCAGACCUCCCACGGGUGCAUCGAUAUCAACGAGUGUGUGGUUGAUAAUGGCGGAUGCAUGGAGGUAUGCGAGAACACCGACGGGAGCUUCUUCUGCGCCUGUGACGGGGACGAGAAGGCCCUGUCAUCCGACGGGAAAUCCUGCGUAGACAUAAAUAGUAUCGCGUGCCUGCCGUUAAAUCCGGUCGAUCGCGGCUAUUUAAUAUGCUCCCGAUCAGCCACAUCCAAGUUGUGGCGCGACAGGCGAAAAGUGCCCAAUCGACCUAGCACGAGGUGCUUCCUGAAGUGCCCCCGUGGGUAUCAGCUUCGCGGUGAGUACGAGUUGACCUGUCGAUCCGACGGCACCUGGGACGGACCGCAGCACGGAAAAUGCGUCAGAUAUAGCAAGCCCCGAUUGGAGUGUCCGAAGGACGUCGUAGCCGAAUUACCGCCUGGCAGGGACGAGGCAUUCGUGACCUUCGAUCAACCGGCGACCGAUCUCGAUUGGUUUCGAUACGUGCGAUCGAAGCCUUCCUGGGGUACGCGACUCGAAGCCAAUCUGGAGCCUGGGAUGCACGAGGUCACAUUUUUCGCGCGACACCCGGUAUCGAAGAAGCAGGCCAGCUGUGUAUUACGCAUUAUCGUCAAAGGUGGCGAGGCCCCGAAAGUUAACAAUUGUCCGAGAGACAUCGAGGUCGUCGGGAGGAACGGAACGGCGAUCAUGUGGACGGAGCCGACCUUCACGGAUAACGUGAAAGUGACGCGAAUCAGCAAUAAUGAGAGUCCAGGUCGUCGCUUCGACAUCGGCGGUCACAGGAUCGAGUACGAGGCGAGCGACGACGCCGGUUGGUCGAGCAAGUGCGUCUUCGUCGUGGUCCUUCGUCAGGGAUAAACGGCCGGAGGGGUGCGACGGGGAAGAAUCAGGGACGCGAGAGCAAGAGGAAGGAGGAAGAGAGAAGAGAGAAGAGAGAGAGAAAGAGAGAGAAACGAA